AUGAAGGCGCCGCUCGCCUGUUUUUUUCUACUUUUGUGCGCCGCGGGACAGCUGAAGGCGGCUCCCCCAAGAAGAGGAGCUGAACCUGGGAACGCAGGAAGGUUCUGGCACAUCACUGACCUUCAUUUGGACCCCACCUACCACCUGGCACCGGACCCCACCAAAGUAUGUUUUUCCUCCAAAGGGGAGCCCACCUCACGUGCCGGUCCGUUUGGGGAUUUCCUGUGCGACUCGCCGUACAGUCUCAUCCAGUCAGCCUUCGAGCACAUGAGCACGCUCGUACAACCCGACGACUUCAUCAUUUGGACCGGAGAUAGUCCUCCUCACGUUCCAGUGGAUGAACUUUCCACAUCAAUGGUGAUCCAAGUGAUGAGCAAUAUGACUCAAAGCAUCUUGAAAUACUUCCCAAACAUCACCGUCUUUCCCGCUGUGGGAAAUCAUGACUACUGGCCGCAGGAUCAAAUGCCGACAUCCACCAAUGACAUCUACAAGGCUGCCGCCCGUCUGUGGAAACCUUGGUUGGAGGACGACGCAUUGAAAACCCUCUCACAAGGAGGCUUCUACACCCAGCUGGUUGGUGCAGGCCUUCGAGUAAUAAGCGUGAACAGCAUCCUCUACUACGGUCCCGACAAAGCCACCGCCAACAUGAGCGAUCCGGCGGGACAAUUCGAGUGGUUGGAAGACACGCUAAAGAAGGCGGACGCUAACAUAGAGAAGGUUAUGGUCAUCUCUCACGUUCCGGUGGGAUACCUGGCUUUCCUCCCGCACGUGACUGCCAUCCGCGAAGAGCAUAACGAGAGGCUAAUCACCAUCUAUAGGCGAUACAGUCACGUGAUUGCAGGACACUUCUAUGGACACACUCAUAAAGACAGUGUCAUGGUUCUUCUAAACGAAGGUGAACCUGUGAAUUCUCUGUUCGUAUCACCGGCGGUAACACCCAUCAAAGACGUUUCGGAGCUAUACUCCAACAACCCGGCGGUCCGUUUGUAUUUCUACGACAAAAAAGACUACGGUAUUUUGGACAUCUGGCAGUAUUUCCUCAACCUGACCGAGGCUAACCUCAAGCAACGAGCCGAUUGGACGCUGGAAUACGUGAUGACAGACGCGUUCAACCUGCCUGAUCUGCGACCGUUAAGUCUGAUCCAGUUGGGUCUGAACAUGUGGAUGUCCUCCAAAGUUUUCAACACGUACUUUGCUCACUACACGGUCAGCUACGACGAUAGGCCGCCGUGCGAAGAUGUGUGUAAGAAACUUCAGCUGUGCUCCUUGUUCUUCUUGGAUAAGACGUCCUAUUCCAAGUGUUUAGCGAAUGGCUUCGAUCUCGCUAGUGAACAUCUUUGA